CGUAGCUGCAUGCAUAUUUAAUGCUUGCUAAAUCAGUAUUGCUGGUACAAGGUGGAUAUAGUACGGAGGGAUCAGUCGUGUGGCCUAUCUUCAAAAUGUUUGUGAAAUCGUUGGUGGCUGUUGCCUUUGUAGGUUUAGUUAGCUCUAGUGCAGUACCCCUAACAAAAUGCAAGAUAGACGACUCCAAAUGCAUCAAACAGAACACGGAAGUGCUGAUCCCUCUCUUCGCUGCCGGAAUCCCGGAUCUUGGCAUUGAGCAGUUAGAUCCCGUCUCGUUUAAAAAGAUCGACUCCAGCAGCGAUUUGCUGAAGCUGGUCUUCAGAGAUGCUACCCUUAAAGGACUGAGCACGUGCAGAUUUAAGAGUGUUAAACGCGAAGCUACCAAGUUGAGCGCCAAAAUCCACUGCGAUGUCUCCCUGGACGGCAAGUACGACAUGAAGGGGCAAAUCCUGGGUCUCCCCAUCAACGGUGACGGAAACAUGCACAUCGAGCACGAAAAGGUUGAGAUCACCUUCGAACUGAACUACAAGGAAGAAACUGGUGCUGAUGGCAAGAAGCACUGGACCACUGGCGCCUGGACGCACUCUUUCGCCUACAAGGGCAAGACCAAGAUGGAGUUCGACAACCUGUUCGGUGGAAACGAAAUUCUAGGCCGUGCCGCCCGCGAACUCAUGAGGACCAGCGCCAACGAUAUAGCGAGCAUCACCGCCGGACCUGUGAUCAAAACCAUCACUGGCAGAAUUCUGAAGAACGUCAAGAUCUUCUUCGAGAAAGUGCCGGUGGAAGAUUUUGUCCUGGAAUAAAUGGCUUAAUUAGCCAUUGGGAAUUGUCGUAACUGAAACGACAUACGCGGUAUAUAUAAAAAACUGUCGUGUUUUGCCGAUCUGUUUAUCGAAACGGGUCGUGCGACUGUCGAUUUAGUUAGGACAAUUUAUUAAUUAGGCUCCUCAUGUAUGUACGGUCAACGAAUUUAAUUCUAGUACCAGGUCGUACCUCGUCACAGUGACAAUAGUAUGAGGUAUGAGGUGAGGUGUAGUAUGAGGUGCUUAGCGACUUCCAUAUUGGUUGUCACUGUGACCAGGUACGAAAUUGUACUCAAAUUAAAUUCUUUGGCUGUACGUGCGGUGCGUACAAAAUAGCGAUUUACGAAACGUCAGGCAAUGAAAACAUGGUCCUUUGUACGGACAGAAACGCUCAUUUAAUCAUACUCCGGGUUUUGGAUGCGGUAAUGUUACCUCCUAGCAACGCAUUUGCUGCCGCUCCCCAAAUCCGGGGGUAUGCUUAAAUUUUUUCUGCUUUGUCGCAAAACUAGGACAUCUAAGAGUGAACCUAGUGGAAACAGCUAUAAUUCCGACCUGAAAGUCUGGCCGAGUUAUUUGGUAGUCCUAGACUAUCCGAUCGGUUAAACCUCCUAAAGCCCAUCAUACAAAAAAUGUCAUUUGAAUUUAAAAUCAAUACUGAAGGAUAUAUGGUUGAAUAUAUUUUGUUUUAAAAUCAAAAGAAAUGCAACUCUAAUUAAAUUCAAAUGGUUUUAAAAACAUUAAAGUAAUAAGUACUACUGGUAGGUAAAAUAAUGGCAGCUGAUAUUUAAGAUAAGUGACUACGUCAGUGGAGUGCAUUUAGUCACAGAGAGAUGAAGUGGACACAAUGGUUAAUUUCUACUCGAUGAUGACGAAGAUGACAUAAAGGAAAUUGUCACAAGCUGUACAUGAAUCCCAAAUCGACAGCUCUUCCCACCAGACUUUAAGGCCGAUAAAGGACUGCAUUCCUACAGGAAAAGUCAACUAUGGUUUAACGUUUUCCAUAAAGUCUGCAGUCGGAAUGUAGUCUGUACAAACCUUUGGUUUCUGAAUGUCUGUACAAACAUUUGGUUUCUUAAUGUCUGUACAAACCUGUGGUUUCUGAAUGUCUGUACAAACCUUUGGUUUCUGAAUGUCUGUACAAACCUUUGGUUUCUGAAUGUCUGUAUAAACCAAAGCUGUUAUGUAUGUUUUGUUAACUAUAAAGUACUUUGCCAUUUUCUAUGCAGGAUAAUUCAUAGUAAAAAAAAACUAUAGUCCACUCGAUGUUUCAAGUAUGUACUAAACUCGUGUAAGUAAAUUAAACGUUAUUGUUGUUAUUUGCCAAGAACUGAAAUGGGAAAUGUUAAGACGGCUUUUUUACAAUUUGUAUGAAUAAAAUCUUUUGAGAAUUUA